AUGUUUUCCAUCCAAAAACAAUACAAAACAGGAGUUUAUCGGACAAGUGGCCCCAUAUCUAGCUUUCGCUGCAGAUUAACAAUCCGCAAAAUUCACUCUCUAAUCGAUGUACCCAUCCUUGAGGGACUUGACAAAAGCAUCGAAGAUAGGGAGACGGUUGAAAAUGGUACAAAUGAAACGCGAACCAUUGGUUGGCAGGAGAAAAUAUUUAGCCACUACGAACGGGAUUAUUAUCGGAUAAAGGAGAACUGUAAAACGGAUCAUCACAAAAAAUACUACCAUAUGCUAAAAUCCGAUUCCCAUGUACCGCAGCUGCUGUUUACGUAUGUCGAUAAUGACAACUACUAUCCGGAAGAUCGGGACAACCGGAACCGUCGGCAGCAAACAGAGGUUACGCCUUCCAAUGCGCAAUCGAUGUACCUGAUGGCCGAUCUAGGACAUGAAGUACUGCUGUUCAGCAUUCAUUGGUGUCCGGAUGAAGGACUGUUGACAGUAUAUCCCGAUUUCAAUCAUAUGGCCACCAAUCCGUUUUAUCACGAAAUGAGAGAAACCAACUUGCACAUGUAUCAUUACGCCUUGGAAAGGUGUUUUACGGAAAAAUCGUUUCAACCAAAACCGGUGAAUCAAUUUACACUUACCGGCGCGAGCAAUACAGGAUCGCAGACACAAACGGCGCUGGAUCGUAACAAACGCUUCGUCAUGCCAAAGCAGCUGUACCGUAAUUUGCUACUUUUGAUGGAAAUAGUAAGUGCAUCCGAUUUUGAGUACGACGGAAUUCACAUACGUUAUCGGUUCGAACUACCUGCGGACGUGAAGAUGGUGAACAAGGACAGCCAACUAUCGGGCAGUACACAUGCUUCAAAGCAGCUAAAAAAUCGCUGGCAUUUUGCACACUGUCAUGAACUUUUGCUAAAUCUUCCGGACACAAAGGAUAUUCCACAUUGCUUGGAAGUUUACUUUGAGGCCAUCUCUAUCGAUGCCUGGUGUCGUGAACGGUAUUUGGGCCACUCGCAUGUCUCGAUUCCGUUGAGAUAUCAACUAAACGAAAAGACAAUCAACUUUGUGCAGCUGACUAAUUUGGGAGCCGUGGCCGAUCGUAUGGAACUUUUUCUCGUGGGUAACCGUCGCCAAGUGGACUUGCCAUCAUUCUACGGAAAGUCCGGAGCAACAAUACUAAACCGAUAUGCUAACGAGACGGGGUCAUCCGGCAAGUUACAAAUACGGUUCCAAAUCAUACGCCAGCACCAGCCGAAGAUUAUAAACGAUGGUUACUUUAAAAGUUCGCGAAAAACCAAAAACAUCACCCUGACCGAACUCAUUAAAUCGUACAGUAUCGCGAGGGAACGGCUGGAAGAAUUUGUGGACUUGAAGUACUAGCUUAGUUGCACUUCAGUUAAGUCCAUUACGAUAAGAACGU